AUGGUUUUAAUAAUUAUUCAUGUUUUUCAGUUAAAUAAAUUUUAUUUAUUGUUAAAAAUGUUAAUCCGUGAAAAUAUUUUACUAAUCUUUAUAACAUUAUCAAUAUUUUUUCAAAAUGUCGUCGAUGGAAUCGAGAGACCGAAUAUAAUAAUAAUUUUGGCUGACGAUUUGGGAUGGAACGAUGUUAGCUUUCACGGGAGUAAUCAAAUUCAAACACCAAACAUAGAUGCUUUAGCUUAUAAUGGCAUCAUAUUAAAUUCUCAUUAUGUCCCUGCUUUGUGCACACCAAGUAGAGCUUCAUUAAUGACUGGAAAAUAUCCAACAUCAUUAGGAAUGCAACAUUUAGUCAUACUAUCACCAGAACCUUGGGGUUUACCACUUAAUGAAACACUCAUGCCAGAAUAUUUUAAUAAAAAUGGUUAUGCAACACAUGCAGUUGGAAAAUGGCACCUUGGUUUUUUCAAAAAGGAAUAUACUCCCAUAUAUAGAGGAUUUGAUUCACAUUUUGGUCAUUGGAAUGGAUUUCAAGAUUAUUAUGAUCACACAACAAUGUCAGAUUCCUUGAAAGGUUAUGACAUGAGAAGAAAUUUUGAGGUUGAUUAUUCAUAUCAAGGUAUGUACACGACCGAUGUUUUCACAAAGGAAGCCAUAAAAAUAAUAGACAAUCACAAUUCUCAAAAGGGACCAUUAUUCUUAUAUCUUUCACAUUUGGCACCGCAUUCGGGAAAUCCAGAUAAUCCAUUUCAAGCUCCAGAAGAUGAAAUUUCAAAACAUGAAUGUAUAAAUGAUCCCGGAAGGAAAAUAUAUGCAGCCAUGGUUACAAAACUUGACGAAAGCGUGGGUCAAGUCGUGUCGGCUUUGGAAAAAAAUAAAAUGUUAAAUAAUUCUAUAAUAAUUUUCAUGUCGGAUAAUGGAGCUGCAACGUAUGGAUUACAUUCGAAUCGUGGCAGCAAUUAUCCAUUGAGAGGAUUAAAGGAAAGUCCUUGGGAGGGUGGAGUAAGAGGCACAGCAGCUAUUUGGAGUCCUUUCCUUAAUAAAACUAAAAGAGUUUCGAAACAAUUAAUGCACAUGAGUGAUUGGCUUCCGACAUUACUCACAGCAGCUGGAUUGAAUUAUUCUUCUACACAACUUAUAAAUAAAAUAGAUGGAAUCGAUAUGUGGAAUGUUCUAUCGAACGAUUUACCAUCACCGAGAAAAGAAGUUUUUAAUAAUUAUGAUGAAAUUGAAAAUUAUUCAUCUCUCAUGAUAGAUUCGUGGAAAUAUGUCGAAGGUACUGCACAAGAAGGUAAAGCAGAUUAUUGGUUUGAAGAACCUUCUAGAAAUAAUUGUUCAGAAUAUAGAGUGUCGAAUGAGGACAUUUUCCGGCUGCGACGUGAUUCGACAAUUAUUUGCGAUAAUCCGACAUUUUCAUCAUCAUUAUCAAUCACGAGGAAUAAUCACACGGAUGUGAAAAAUAAAACAAAAUAUGUUUUGACGUGCGAUCCGUUGUUAAAACGUUUUUGCUUAUUUAAUUUAAAUGAUGAUCCGUGUGAAAGAUUAAAUUUAGCUGAUGUUUUCCCUGAUGUCGUUAAACGUAUUAAAAAUCGUUUAUUAGAAUUGAAAAAAUCUGUUGUUAAACCGUUAAAUAAACCCGAAGAUCCAUAUUCAAAUCCUAUGUUUUAUAAUGGGACUUGGGUUAAUUGGAAAGAUGAUAUUAAACCGAAUGAAAUUUAA